ACCUGCGGAGAGCACGCGCCGUUUCGGUGUCCGUCCCACCGCCGGUCUAAACGGACAAACAGCGUGAAAACAAGCCGAACAGGAUAAGAUGUGGGGUGGUGGCUCAGUUAGUAACAUCUGUGUGAUUUUAAACCAGAAGCGCUUAUGUGAAGUUUCACGCCUCUCUCUCCGUUGAGUUGAGAUGAAGGUCUGAGAGACUCUGCGAGAGAAGGAACUUUGAGUCGCCGCGCACCCGGACGUCCUCCUGGGACAUUGAGCGCUUUUCUGAUCGGACGACUGAACUUGUCUUUUCUCUAUUUGUGGCUUUCGGUCUCUCUCUGACUGAGUAGAGCUAGGGGGAACCUCUGGUGCGGAUUGUUGAAGCCUCUUCGGUUCGUGGAAGUAUUAACUCAUAUAAUGGAAAAGCAAUGAGACCCCUAUUUACUCGGCAAUAAUCCGGACCACCGCACGAACAGUAUGCAGGAGCGGGCGGUACAGAGGAUGAGUACGUGGCUCAUGCUUGUGUUUUUGACCCUUCUGUCUCUCUGGGGUCAUCUGUCUGAUGCCUCCUCGCACCGCAGUCACAUUGUGCACGUGAAGGCUGGCACUUGCGAGGUGAUUGCAGCCCAUCGCUGCUGUAACAGAAAUAAGAUUGAGGAGAGAUCACAGACAGUGAAGUGCUCCUGCUUCCCUGGACAGGUUGCUGGGACGACAAGGACUGCACCCUCCUGUGUGGAUGCAUCUAUAGUAGCUCAAAAGUGGUGGUGUCAGAUGCAGCCAUGUUUGGACGGUGAAGAGUGUAAAGUCCUACCUGACCUAACUGGCUGGAGUUGCAGCACAGGCAACAAAGUGAAGACCACCAAGGUGACCCGAUAGUUCUGUCCUCAGAUCUGCGAUAAUAUAGGACACAAAUUACUCAGACAAAAGAACUUAAAAAGAAGAUAAGUGGACUAACUAGAAGCAGACAGAGAGACUGCAUUGAACUUCGGCUAAGGAUUCAUUAGUAUCACUCAUACAGAGAUUAUACACCAUAAAAAGACUAAGGACCAGACUGAUGUCUCCAGAUGUGUAACCACCAUUAACAUGAGGAACAUCCUAAAGGUCAUGUGUCCUCCUCAAUGGGCCCCCUGGCCUUCUGGACAUCAGUCUUCUUGGAGUGGAUCUAUAGACACUUGAGUUUGUUGGCUGAGGGGUCUUUAGUGUAUGCAGUUGUUUUUGUUUAGUUUUUUGUACUGAAGAUGUUUGAAUCAUAUACACCAGUUAAACCCGAAUGGAGUUUAAACUAUGGAGCCACCAUCUCUUCAGCGAGAACAAACCUUCUCUUGCUCUCUGGCUCCUUCCUCAUCCUUCAAUUUUUCUUUGCACGGUUCCAUGAUAAUUUCCACUCAACCUGAUCUGAAGGUCCAAUAAAUUCUUUGCUUUUGUGGAAUCUUUAUCCUUUAAACAGCAUUUAUACAUGUCAACUCAAUCUGGACCUCAAACUGACUCAUCUUGUGUAUAUUGUUUGUUUCUAAACUAAAGAUUUUCAGCCCCACAGUCUGAAAUAACAGAGAUUAGAUGUACCAGUAUAUUCUAUAACAUGUAAAAGUGUAAAAGAUCAAAAUGUUAUUCUCA